AUGACAAGUAGUGAGGCACUCCAAUCAGCCUCCGGUCCCUCAGGCCGUCGGCCCCUCAAGUCUCUUCUCUUCCGGUCAACCGCUUCGUCCCCCAACCUGCAGCGAAAGUCACGAGUUCAACGAACGAAGCUUUGGGCUAAAAAGUACAUUGAACCUCGCAUCAAUGACAAGGCGUUUGCUUACGAGGAAAUGAAGUAUUAUACACGCCAGGAGGCAGACAAACCCCAGGAGGAUGCAGCUUCGAAGGAAGAUAUUGGCCCCAGACUUAGAUCGGCGCGGAGCAUGCCCAUGUUGAAUGAGGCUGCUUUCUCCAAUAUGCCAGCCAGUCAUCGGCGUCGGGCGAAGUGUCUAUCUUCGUUCUCUUUUUCAGGUCUAGACGCACUAGUUGGCAUGAAUUGUGAUCAAACCAAAGGCACUUCAUCAAAUGACAUGCCGUAUUCCCCCAUGGACGACUCCUACCCUCUCGAUAAUGCCACAACGCGGACCGACAGCGCCCAGAGCACCUCCUCCAAGCUGCAAACGUCUAUAUUUUCGAAAAACUCCAAAUUUUCCAGUUUCCUGUCGGCGGUCAGCUGGAAUAGCUUGCUUCGACAUCGACAAGAAAAAGACGGAUAGUUAGAUCGUCUAUGUUGUUUGGACACUCCUGAAGGCUAAGUUGACUUGAUCCAUCAAUACCUCCAGAUAAGACAUUUGUACCCAGCUCUUUUGUACCCUGCUCCAAUCACCACUCUAUGCCACCCUACAAUUUUGUAGGCUCAUUGGCUCUCUGAAAACUUUUGUUGUGACCUUUACUUCUCUUCGAUCUGACGAAGCCUGAGCUCUUGUUAGUUUUAGUAAUCAGUUUCCGCAGAAAUUCACAUGGGCUUCAUUUUCAGUUCUUUUGGAGUGAUAAACAUGUAUCAUUCCUGAAUCUAAUCGUUGGUUCUCAAAUUGAAAAAAUCAAGGGUAGAAAAGGAAAGAAAGAAAAC